CAGGACCCCCGUAUAUGCAGGUGACUAUAGAAGAUGUGCACGCCAACUGCGGGGAGACGGCACAGUUUGACGCAGUUAUAGACGGAAGCCCCCCACUUACCAUUACCUGGUACAAGGAUAACACAUUGCUGAAGGACAGCGAUCGAUUCCAGCUGGUGAGAGAUGGCAGGAAGUGCUCCCUGGUCAUCCGGAGCACAGAGCGCGGCGACGGCGGCGUGUACACGUGUGUGGCCAGGAACAGCGGAGGAGAGGUGUCUUGCAAGGCUGAGCUGGUUAUGCAGGAAGAGGAGAAAGAAGACGACACGAAGAUUGUUCACAAGAGAAGGAAGCUAAAAUCUUUCUUUGAGGUUAAAGAGGAGAUUGGCAGAGGGUCCUUUGGCUUCGUGAAACGCGUAGUGCACAAAGGUAAUGGCGCAACAUGUGCCGCUAAAUUCAUUCCACUGAGAAGUAAGACUCGGCAGCAAGCGUACCACGAGCGUGACAUCUUGUCGGAAGUGUCGCAUGAGCGAAUCACUCUGCUCCUUGAUGCCUUUGAAACAAAGAAAACACUCAUUCUUAUUUUGGAAAUAUGCUGCGGGGAGGAACUGCUGGACCGACUCUUCCGGAAACACACUAUCACAGAAAAAGAGGUGAAGCUGUAUAUCAGACAACUCCUUGAAGCCGUUGCUUAUCUUCACGAAAAAAAUAUUCUUCAUCUGGACAUCAAGCCGUCCAACAUUCUGAUGGUUCACACCGAUAAGGAGGACAUUAAACUCUGCGACUUCGGAUUCUCCCAGAAAAUAAUCCAGUCUGAGUUCCAGUACAGCAAGUAUGGCUCCCCCGAGUUUGUUCCUCCAGAAAUUGCUGCUCAGGCGCCCGUAUCCAAGUCUUCCGAUAUCUGGCCUGUCGGGGUUAUUAGCUACCUAUGUUUGGUUAGCGCCUCCCCAUUCGCGGGCCAGAACGACAGAGAGACGCUAAUGAACGUACAGCAAGCCAAGAUUAGCUGGAGCUGCCCGGGCUUCACCCAGCUCGGUGCCAAUGCCCAGGACUUCAUGAGACAAGCCAUCCAGAGGUCUCCGGAUGCACGGCCGAGUGCUACACAGUGUCUCCAGCAUAAAUGGUUUGUGGAGAGUUCCAGCCCAGAGGACACACAGCCAGUCAGCUCCAAGAACCUCCGAUUCCUUGUUGCCCGCAGUAGGUGGCAGCGCUCCUUGAUGUGCUACAAAUCCAUCCUGGUGAUGAGGUCGAUUCCUGAGCUUCUGAAUGGAAAGCAGGAGAGUACUUCCUUGGGUGUGCCACGGCAUUUAGUGGAAUGCAGCAGUUCUUCGAGUAGUAGCGGUUCUUCUUCCGAUAAUGAGAGUGAUGUCAGUCCUACCGCUAGGGACUGUAACCCUUCUCUGGAAUUGCACUUAUCUAUUUUCAAAAUGUCUGAAAAAGACGGCUUGCAACAGCCAUACACGCCUGAACCUGAAAUGGACAAAAACACCAAAUGCAUAACUCAAGAAGAAGAAAAAAUGGAAAGCAAAGAUGUAACAAUUCAUGACACCUCUCCCAUGAUUGGAACCAAAAGAGAGCACGAUAAAGCUUCUGGGUUGGGUGAAAGCCAAGAAGAUCUAGAAGAUGAUGAAAAAAUGUUGGUUCAUUCCGUAGAAACAUCACCAGGAAUGUUACCAUUGCACAGAUCUGCAACUAUCGAGGUUGGUGUCCUGGCUUCCAAAAAAGCCAAAACUGGGGCUUUUGUUAGAGGAACUUCUGCAGACAGUGCUUUACGUCUUCCAAAAGGAUCUGAAAAGCCAUCAUUAGUUUGUGUACCAAGGCAGAGUAUCAUUAAUAGUACCUUUUACAACCAAGCUGGUGAAGGACAGCCUACAGCUCCCAGAGAUGGCACAUUAAAGGAUAAAGACUUCAUCAAGCACAGAGAGCGAGCACGUAGGAGUUUAAUGAAAGCUGGUUACUCACAAAAAAUUUUAAGUGGAUUACGAGAGCCUCUGUUGGAGCAGUUUGCAAUGGAGCAGAGAAUACUAUCUCAGGAUCCCUCCCAAAUGGACCAACUGGGCUCUCUGAAAAAAUCUGCUUCUUUUGACCUGGCAAAAGUAUCGCUAAGGUCUUCCUUUAAAGUUUCAAGCAGAAGUCGUUCCCUGGAUGACUACAGAUCAAGACCCUUGAGUGUUUACAAAGGAACCGUUGUAGAAGAAAAAGAUCACAUUUCCACAAAAACUUCAAAAGAGGCACUUAACAAAUCGGAUACCGCCAUCACUAAACCUCAUUCUGAAGAGUUCUGGACUGCACCUCCAAAGAAAUCUUCAACACAGAGGCCUCUUUCAGCCCCACCUUCUGAUAGGGAUAACGCCAUUAUCGCAGUGUUCCAUCAACAACCCUUGCAAGAUAUGAGUGAUAGUAAAGCAAGGUCUUCUUCUGCUGUGCUGGGAGGAGAAGAAAGUACAAUAAUAACUUUUAUUAAGCCAAAACAAGUGACAGAAUCCGAAUCUCUAGCAAAACCUCACACAGUGGUGAUAAAAGAUACAGAUGUAUGGCCAACACCUCAAUCUCCGGGAAAAGCCUCUGAAGAAAAGGAACAACCUACAGAUUUACAAACUGGAGUGAAGUUUACAGUUCACACAACAUCUCAGAGAAAUGAAUUCCUUGCCUCGGAUGUUCCAGUAGAAAAGACAUCUGAUAGAGUUAAUACAUUCUUCCCAAAAGAUGAGGAGGGAGAAGAAGAGGCUAAGAUUUUUGCAGAAGGACAAAUACAGAUUGUACACUUUAGGGAAGACAACUCAAGAAUAGCAGUGAUACAUCAAAGUGCUGGAGACUUUUCAGCUAUAUCAAAGGAUACCACAACUCAAGAAGAAGUUGCUCAAUGCCCCACAAUAAUGAUGCAGUCGGAACCUGUGCCAGAUUUAGUCUUUCCAGAAAGAACUCCAACAGAGUUAGUUAUAGCAGCCAAACAUGAUCGUGAACACAAAAUAAAACCAUACAUAGAACAAAUGUUCGAGAGAGAAGACAAUCUGGUCAUUUCUUCAUCUCAAACAGAACAUGGCAUGACUGUUCAGGAAGAUAGAGUGCAAAUUGCUGGCAAAGACUUGCAGUUCUCAGUAUAUAAAGAUGAGCAAAGUGCUACUAUAGAUGAACUUGUAGGUGAGAUGUCUUCUUUGUCUGAAGAGAUGGAGGUGUUGGCCAGUGAACAAAAGGAAACAAGCCAAGGAGACCCUACUUUUCCAUCCUUAGUUGACCAAACUGACCAAACCAAGGAACCACCAGGAUUGCAAGAUGUAGGACAUUUCACAGGUGAUUCACAAGACAUGGAAACAGAGCCCAGUCCUUUGGGCGAGCCUUUGAAGGAACCACCAAUCACAUCAAUCUCACAGUGCAGCUUUUAUGAAUCUCUAUCACAGGCCCAUGUGUCACCUGCACCCCUUGAAAACUUUGAAGAGUUCACCAUAGAAAGUUGCAGCUCUAGCAAAACUUUUAUUUCUCAUUCUGAUAGCUCCGGGACAGGGAGAAGGUCCGAUAAUUUCUCUGACUUGGAGGAAACCGGACGACAUUCAGAAGUAUCGCUGGUGGAGAUUGGAGGGAUCCAUCGUGACGCAUCUUCAAAUGAUUCCGACAAAAUGAAGCUUGUUCCAUUUGAAUUUGAAUCUACUCAUCUCAAUGAUUUUUAUGAUAUUUUAAACAUUUCAGCAAAGCACUGAAGAAAACGUAGCAAACUCACAACCUGAAAAAGACCUUAGUGAAGCUGCGAUGGACAUCUCCGGUAAAGGGUUGACAAAGGACCCGAAGACCACUACUCCUCUCCAACCACUGCAGCCCUCUGAUCCUGGCAAGACUGCACUGAAGGAGCGCAAAUCCUCUAGAAAACGUAUUAAACUCUUCCGACCUAAUGGAAAGUCUGAGUCGACAAUGAAAUCUGCGGAGUCCAGCCUGAAACAGAAAGUCAAAGCUUCAGUUGCUAACAUUUCGCGAAUCAUCAGAAAAAGGCAAGGAAAUGGAAAAGAU